UGGCCAUAUAGAGGCUGGGGGCGGGGGGGUCAAGCGUAGCCUCUUCUCCUUUACCAAGAUGGCGGCCUGCCCCUGUUUCGCCACAGUUCCUACCUUAUGAGCCUGGUUUCCUCACGCUAGUAAGAGUGGAACAGGAAAAGCUGGCAGGCUGACAGAGGGGGCCUCCGGACGGACUUUCUGGCUAUUGACCAUUUUGCUGUGGCUUACCCGGACUGUGUGUGGUGUGACAUCAACCAUGAGCUCCGUUGCAGUUUUGACCCAAGAGAGUUUUGCUGAACACCGAAGUGGGCUGAUUCCGCAGCAACUUAAAGUUACCACCUUAAACUCAGAAGAAGAGAGUGACCCUCCAACCUACAAGGAUGCUUUCCCUCCACUUCCUGAGAAAGCAGCUUGCUUGGAAAAUGCCCAGGAACCUGCCGGAGCCUGGAGUAACAAGAUCCGGCCCAUCAAGGCCUCUGUCAUCACUCAGGUGUUCCAUGUACCCCUAGAGGAAAGGAAAUACAAGGACAUGAACCAGUUUGGAGAAGGUGAACAAGCAAAAAUCUGCCUUGAGAUCAUGCAGAGGACUGGUGCUCACCUAGAGCUAUCUCUGGCCAAAGACCAAGGCCUCUCCAUUAUGGUCUCAGGGAAGCUGGACGCUGUUAUGAAGGCCCGGAAGGACAUCGUUGCUAGACUGCAGACUCAGGCCUCCGCAACUGUUCCCAUUCCAAAAGAGCACCAUCGCUUUGUUAUUGGCAAAAACGGAGAGAAACUGCAAGACCUAGAGCUAAAAACUGCAACCAAAAUCCAGAUCCCACGCCCAGAUGACCCCAGCAAUCAGAUCAAGAUCACUGGCACCAAAGAGGGUAUUGAGAAAGCUCGCCACGAGGUCCUUCUCAUCUCUGCUGAGCAGGACAAGCGUGCUGUAGAGAGGCUGGAGGUGGAGAAGGCCUUCCACCCCUUCAUCGCUGGUCCAUACAACAGACUUGUGGGUGAAAUCAUGCAGGAGACAGGGACUCGCAUCAACAUCCCCCCACCCAGCGUCAACCGGACAGAAAUUGUCUUCACUGGAGAGAAGGAACAGCUGGCUCAGGCAGUGGCUCGAAUCAAGAAGAUUUAUGAGGAAAAGAAAAAGAAGACCACAACCAUUGCAGUGGAGGUGAAGAAAUCCCAGCACAAGUAUGUCAUCGGGCCAAAGGGCAAUUCAUUGCAAGAGAUCCUGGAAAGAACUGGAGUUUCUGUUGAGAUACCGCCCUCAGAUAGCGUCUCUGAGACUGUGAUACUGCGGGGCGAGCCUGAAAAGUUGGGGCAGGCAUUGACUGAAGUUUAUGCCAAGGCCAAUAGUUUUACAGUCUCUUCUGUGUCUGCCCCUUCCUGGCUUCACCGGUUUAUCAUUGGCAAGAAAGGGCAGAAUCUGGCCAAAAUCACUCAGCAGAUGCCAAAGGUUCACAUUGAGUUCACAGAAGGUGAGGAUAAGAUCACCCUAGAAGGUCCCACGGAGGACGUGAAUGUGGCUCAGGAGCAGAUCGAGAGCACAGUCAAAGACCUGAUUAACCGGAUGGACUAUGUGGAGAUCAACAUUGACCACAAGUUCCACAGACACCUCAUUGGGAAGAAUGGAGCCAACAUCAACAGAAUCAAAGACCAGUACAAGGUGUCCGUGCGCAUCCCUCCUGACAGUGAGAAAAGCAACCUGAUCCGCAUUGAGGGCGACCCACAGGGUGUGCAGCAGGCCAAGCGGGAGCUUCUGGAGCUCGCCUCUCGCAUGGAAAAUGAGCGUACCAAGGAUCUAAUCAUUGAGCAAAGGUUUCAUCGCACAAUCAUUGGCCAGAAAGGUGAAAGGAUCCGUGAAAUUCGUGACAAAUUCCCAGAGGUUAUCAUUAACUUUCCAGACCCAGCACAAAAAAGUGACGUUGUUCAACUCAGAGGGCCUAAGAAUGAGGUGGAGAAAUGCACAAAAUACAUGCAGAAGAUGGUGGCAGACCUGGUGGAAAAUAGCUAUUCAAUUUCUGUUCCGAUCUUCAAGCAGUUUCACAAGAACAUCAUUGGGAAAGGAGGUGCAAACAUUAAGAAGAUUCGUGAAGAAAGCAAUACCAAGAUUGAUCUUCCUGCAGAGAACAGCAACUCUGAGACCAUUGUCAUCACAGGCAAGCGAGCCAACUGUGAAGCUGCCCGGAGUCGUAUUCUGUCCAUCCAGAAAGACUUGGCCAACAUAGCCGAGGUGGAGGUCUCGAUCCCUGCCAAACUGCACAACUCCCUUAUUGGCACAAAGGGGCGUCUGAUCCGCUCCAUCAUGGAGGAGUGUGGUGGGGUCCACAUUCACUUUCCCGUGGAAGGUUCUGGAAGCGACACAGUUGUCAUCAGGGGCCCUUCCUCAGAUGUGGAAAAGGCCAAGAAGCAGCUCCUACACUUGGCUGAAGAGAAGCAAACCAAGAGCUUCACCGUGGAUAUCCGAGCCAAGCCAGAAUACCACAAAUUCCUCAUUGGCAAAGGGGGUGGCAAGAUCCGCAAGGUGCGUGACAGCACCGGAGCUCGCAUCAUAUUCCCAGUAGCUGAGGACAAGGACCAGGACCUGAUCACCAUCAUAGGGAAGGAGGACGCUGUCCGCGAGGCGCAGAAGGAACUGGAGGCCUUGAUUCAGAACCUGGAUAAUGUGGUUGAAGACUACAUGCUGGUGGAACCCAAGCACCACCGCCAUUUUGUUAUCCGAAGAGGCCAGGUUUUGAGGGAGAUUGCUGAAGAAUAUGGUGGGGUGAUGGUCAGCUUCCCACGCUCGGGCACACAGAGUGACAAGGUCACCCUCAAGGGCGCCAAGGACUGUGUGGAGGCGGCCAAGAAGCGCAUUCAGGAGAUCAUCGAGGACCUGGAAGCUCAAGUCACAGUGGAAUGUGCUAUACCCCAGAAGUUCCAUCGAUCUGUCAUGGGCCCCAAAGGUUCCAGAAUCCAGCAGAUCACUCGGGAUUACAAUGUCCAGAUUAAGUUCCCUGACAGAGAGGAAAACCCAGGGCAGAGUGCAGAGCCAGCCAUCCAGGAGAAUGGCGAUGAGGCCGGGGAGGGCAGAGAGGCAGAUCCAGGCUCUCCCAGGAGGUGCGAUAUCAUCAUCAUCUCAGGCCGGAAGGAGAAGUGUGAAGCCGCCAAGGAAGCCCUUGAGGCGUUGGUUCCAGUCACCAUUGAAGUGGAGGUGCCCUUUGACCUUCAUCGAUACAUCAUUGGGCAGAAAGGCAGCGGGAUCCGAAAGAUGAUGGAUGAGUUUGAGGUGAAUAUUCACGUCCCGGCUCCUGAGCUGCAGUCUGACAUCAUUGCCAUCACUGGCCUGGCUGCAAAUUUGGACCGGGCCAAGGCCGGGCUGCUGGAGCGAGUGAAGGAGCUGCAGGCUGAGCAGGAGGACCGGGCUUUACGGAGUUUUAAGCUGAGUGUCACUGUAGACCCCAAAUACCAUCCCAAGAUUAUUGGGCGGAAGGGGGCAGUCAUCACGCAGAUCCGCCUGGAGCACGAUGUGAACAUCCAGUUUCCUGAUAAGGAUGACGGGAGCCAGGCCCAGGACCAGAUCACCAUCACAGGGUAUGAGAAGAACACAGAAGCUGCCCGAGAUGCCAUCUUGAAAAUUGUGGGUGAGCUUGAGCAGAUGGUUUCUGAGGACGUCCCGCUGGACCACCGUGUCCAUGCCCGCAUCAUUGGUGCCAGGGGCAAAGCCAUCCGCAAAAUCAUGGAUGAGUUCAAGGUGGACAUUCGCUUCCCGCAGAGUGGAGCUCCAGAUCCCAACUGCGUCACUGUGACAGGGCUCCCGGAGAAUGUGGAGGAGGCCAUCGACCACAUCCUUAACUUGGAGGAGGAAUAUCUGGCCGACGUGGUAGACAGCGAGGCCCUGCAGGUUUACAUGAAGCCCCCGGCACACGAGGAAUACAAGGCCCCCUCCAAGGGGUUCGUGGUGCGGGACGCUCCCUGGACUGCCAGCAGCAGUGAGAAGGCUCCCGAUAUGAGCAGCUCCGAGGAAUUUCCCAGCUUUGGGGCUCAGGUGGCCCCUAAGACCCUCCCUUGGGGGCCCAAGCGAUAAUGAACAAAAGGCAGAAAGCUCUCCAGCCUGCUGACCUGAACCUAGCCACACCACGGUUUGUCUCAAUCUGACCCAGCAGCUGGACCCUGGUAAAUUGUUGACGCUCUUUCCCCCUCCCUGAGGUCUCGCAGUGAAGCCUGGUUGGCAGCCAGUGGGCUCAGCCACCUGCCCCUGGCACUGUGCUCUGGGACAGGCACACUUUUCAACACUAAGCAAAGUAACAGAGCAUCUCCUGAUAACACAGACUCCAGCUUCCUGGCCCAACCCAGCAUGCACUCAGCACUCUGACCUCCAUUACCAGAGCUCCACGGCAGCGGCUAGGAGUCGACUUCCUGUGUCAUGACCUCAGGAAAUAAAUUUCCUUGACUUUAUAAAAGCCAAAAUGUUUGCCCUCUUCCUUUCCCACCUCCUUCCCACGGGCUCUCUGUCGACCAGACCUUCUUUGUGGAACACAGUCAGCUCCUCUAACUGCCAAAGUCUGCUUAGCUCAGGCCACAGGGUGGGGGGCCGAGGCUGGAGACCAGGGUGUCCAGCACCGAUCGUACCCCUGUGGGUCCGACGUCCCUGCAGGCCUCUGCUCCACGGCGGAGGUGGGGCCGCGCGUGUCUGCUCCCGGCCUCGGUGGCAGGGAGCAGGAAGCCUGCUUCCCCCCUUGGGCGGGGGCUGCUUGCCUCUGAUGCCAUCUCCACUUGCCCCCGUGGCCCAGCCCGGGCACCUCGUGUUCAGUCGCCUUCUUUCUACCUCAGCCGUGCGGUAGCGUUGUCGUGCGCAGUUUAUUUCCCUCCCCCAAGUCUCCUUCUGGUGGUUGGUCCUGACUGGCUGCAGUUGGGUGUGGAGUGGAGCAGGGUUGGAGGCUGGUCCCGCAUGGAGUGCUCUCUCCCUCCCGGCCCAGGUGACUGGCCCUCGAAGGCUCAAGCUGGGCAGGCCACAGGCACUGAUCCCAGGUUGCUGGCUUUAGAGGCAGGUGUCACAGUCCUGGUUUAAGUAAAGAGAAGCUGUCGAUUCGCUUAUUGCAAAAAGAAGCCAAGUAAGAGGCAGAGGACCCUCCCAGCCUCGGUAGAUUCUUCCAUUUCGGUGUGGCUUGGAUACAAUCGGGGGCCACAGGCCAGAGGCCCCCCACCAGGAAAGGUGUGGGGACUGAAGACGUGCUUUAGUAGCCAUAGUAAGUGUCCUGUCCCCGACGUGUGGGCUCCUUAGACAGCCAACUUGUGCCCGUUUCCUAGCCCACCCUAGGGAUGGUCUCUGCUCUGAGUUGGGCUUAAGCACACCAGAGGUGGCCACUUACGGUACAGCAUCUGCUUGGCUGGGUAGCAGCCAGCCUGAGGCUGGGCAAAUGGGACCGGGAGCAAAGGCCAGGGCUCCCACCAGUCCCCCAGAGGGGCCUUGCUCCUGGGGACCUUGAGGGAGGUCUGCAUGAGCUUGAGUGUUUUCCUGUUGGUCAUUUUGCUUCCCUCCUCUUCCCCUGCUCCUCUGGUACCCACCCCACCUCUCCUCUUCCAACAGUCCCUUCCCUUCCCCCAGAAGGUAAUUUUUGAACACAUCUCCAUUUAUUGCCAAGUGCUGUAGAUGUAAGUCCCAUCCAAAGCUGUUCAGGGCCUUCUUUUCAGUCGUUUCUGAGCUCCGUGAAAUGACUGUACCAGGCUGACCCCCUGCAAUUUGAACUGCUGGGGCUGAGCAGGGGUGGGCAGAGCUUUUCCUCCUUGUUGAUGUCUUCCAUGCCCUAUGUUUCCAUAGAAACAUCCAUCCCUUGGCCUUAACUUUGGAAUUUGGAGAUUAUAUGCAAAUAUGUGUAAAGGCUCAUAAAUAUGGAUGACACUGGAAUUUUAUAAAUUCUACAAUAAAACCAACCCUGGAUGCUGUAGAA